AUGGACAUUGAUUCAAACAAUCCUACAUUGAGUGGGGGUGAGGAUGUUGAGGAACCAGAGAACAAUCCUUUAUUAAAUGAGAGUGGUAAAAUUGAAGAACUUAAGAAGGGGAUGUGUUUUACCUCAAAGCAAGAAGUGCAUGAGUUUUAUGCAAAAUAUGCUAAAAACCUUGGAUUUGCUAUAGCAUACAGAACACAGAAUGUUAGAGCGGAUGGAAAUAUGAAAUACUUUGGAAUUGAAUCAAAGGUAAGAGCGACUUUACAACAGGAUGGAAGAUAUAAGUUAACUACAGUUGUGCUUGAGUAUAUGUAUGAUUUGAUUCCUAGUGACUCACGGCAUUUUCCAAUGAAUAAGAGGAUUCGUAUUCCUGUGAAAAUAAGAUUAGAAAUAAACGAUGAAGUAGGAAUAGGGGUGUCUAGGAAUUUUCAUUCUAUAGUUGUUGAAGCGGGGGGAUAUGAGGCAUUAACAUUUGAUGAACAAGAUGCAAGGAAUCACAUUGAAAAUGCUAGAAGAGUGAGGCUUGGGGUAGGAGACGCUGAAUCAGUUGCAUUUUAUUUUCAUAGGAUGCAACAAGAAAAUUCAAACUUCUAUUCUGCAAUUGACUUUGAUUACGACAAUGCAUUGAGAAGUAAGGUGGAAAAGAUGAACAAAGCAGACUUCAAAUCUCGAAACAAAUUGUAUGAUUGCUUAACGGUGUAUGAGUUUGAGAAGCAAUUUCAUGCAGCUUACACAAAUGUGAAAUUUAAAGAAGUUCAAGUAGAAUUGAAGCGACUACUGUAUUGUCAUGCGACUCUUGUGAAUGAAGAGGGAUCCAUUUGUACUUAUCAUGUCAAGGAGGCUGUGCUUGUGGGUGAGAAAAUGAAGAAAGUUGAAUUUCUUGUUUACUUUAAUUCAACUGAAUUUGAAAUGCAAUGUGUGUGUCGGUGGUUUGAGUUUAGGGGGAUCAUGUGUGCCCAUUCCCUUAGUGUGCUCAUUGAGAGGUGCAUAUAUGAGGUUCCAGAUAAGUACAUAUGCCGAGAUGGAGAAAAGAUUUGGAAAGAGGGUACACAUGUAUUCUAA